AUGUCAAAUUUAGUUAUCUGUAGAAACCGCAGCAGUACUGUUGGAUAUAGAGAAUGUUACACAAGAAAGGUCCCAAUGCCAUGGUUGGACCUUCAAACAAGACGAUUUAACACAAUUUCCAGCAAUGUUUCAGGUCAAGUCUCACCAGCGACAAACGGUGGACGAUCCCGGGCGAAUUCUGGGAUACUGGUGCUAAGCAUAGGACUUGGUAGUAAGCCAUUUACAUUUAUACACCCUCGCACGGAGAUAAUCCAUCAUGGAAUAAUGGAUGACUAUGUUUAUGUCGAUGGGGAUAUUCCAGAAGCUACAUAUCUUGGAAUUAAGCUUGAUACAAAAGAUUUAGAGUUUUGGCAAAGUCUCUGA